AUGGCAGACCCUCUUUGGUUGGAUAAGAAUAAUCUGACAAAUAUUAAAUUGAAUGAAUUCUUUGAAUUGGAUUCAUUGGAUGCGUUUGGACCUAAAGUACAGGCAUUUCUUAUUGCUUUAUAUUCAUUGACAACAUUUCUAGCGUUUACGGGAAAUAGUUUAGUCAUUUUGGUUGAAUUGUAUGGCAAAAGAUCGGCCAGAAAUCUACGAAAAUUUCUUAUAAAUUUAGCCAUUAGUGACAUAUUAAUUGGUGUCUUAGUCGUGCCAUUUAUUUACACUGAUUUUAUGCUUGGUCGUUGGAUUUUCAGUUUGAUUUUAUGUCCGAUCGCACAAUUCGUUCAAUUGUUAUCAGUAUUUGUCACAACAUAUACCUUAACGGCUAUUGGAAUUGAAAGAUAUAUAGCAACCCUUCAUCCUCUAUCGUAUCCAAAUAUAUGGUUGCGAUCGCAUUGUAAUCUUAUAUUACAAAUCGGUUGGAUAUUCGGUACAAUAAUGGCUUCCGUAGCGGUAAUCCACACAAAAGCCGUACCAUUUAGUUAUAAAAAUGAGACGUAUUAUGACUGUCGUCAAGACGUCGGAUGGACUGACAGUGAUUUCAAAGUUUAUAUCGUUUUCUCGUUUGUCGUCACCUUUUUGUUGCCAAUGCUUUUCAUAACCAUCUCUUAUGGAGCUAUAGCUCGACGUCUCCUGAAGUGUCCAUUUCUUAACACAUCGUCCGGUGUUUUCUACGACAAACGUAACUCAGAGUUUAUCAACAAAAUUAAAGUAUUCAAAAUGUUGGUUUUGGUGGUCAUAAUGUUUGUGGGCUGUUGGCUACCAAUGAAGGUGUUUAUGUUGAUAAUGGCCUUUUGGCCCGAGUUUGUUGAGAUCGACACUAUUUAUGUUUAUUACGCUUAUUAUGGCUUUUAUUUUGUCUGUCAUUUCCUCGCAAUGGCCAAUAGUUUUGUCAAUCCAAUCAUUUACUGUUUUAUGAGCAAAAGUUUCAGGGCUUCAAUGCGGUUAGGCAUACUGCCGAUUAAGGAAUCUAGAUAUUGUGGGACAUCAUUAUCCCAAAUAUCUUGA